AAUGCCCCCUUUCCUCCCACGCCACUCUCAUUUGUUCCUGAGCCUGGCGACGACAAGGGGGACUCAGUGUUAAAGGUGGAAAAAAACCAGCAGCACAGUUGUUUUUGUUAAAAGGGGACACACUAAGGCUGCAAAACAGCAAAACCCCAAUGUUGGACAACUGUAAAAUCGUGUAGACAGGUUGUCAUACAGCAGUGGGGGCUUUUCUGAAAGGAGCCCAUUGCUAAACAUUAAAUAUACACACACGCAAGGCGCAGCAGCACAGCAGCUGCGCGGGCGCACACACUCUCUCACACACACACACAUCAAGGAAAGUGUCCGAGCCGGAGCUGAACACCACGUGCUUCGCCAAGGGGGGUGAGUGAGCGGCGGGGCGGGGCUUGCUGCUCAAGUGGCUGCCAAUCAAAGCAUCAACUUCAAAUUGUAUCUGAAAGAUCAGCCUAGGACCUAAGGGCAGACACAUCAGUUGGAGCUCAAUUGUUGAUCAGAUCACAUCUAAGGGAUUUAGGAGCGCAGAAGAGCCGAGAUUUGAAGAAAGACACCCCACUGAAUCCAUCCACACUCCUCCUCCUCCUCCUCAUCCACACCCACAUUACAAUACAGCUCUGACAGAAAGAAAUCAGAACGAAACAGAAAAUUAUCAGAUCGAUUUUCCUCUCGCCCGGCCUGACUUCUGUAAAAAAAAAAGAGAAAAAAAGAGAGAAAAGGCACGAGGGAGAGAGACCCGAACCAGCGGGGUUUGUUCCACCCCCCACCCCGCUCCGGCUGCUCAGUUUCCCUCCUCCCCUGCCUUCUUUUUUUUUCUUUUUUAAAUUCCUUCCCCCCUUUUAUACUUCUGCUGCUGCUGCUGCUGCUGCCGCCGCCGCCGCCGUGUUUGCGCCCUGGAGAUGUCCUUCCCCCAGCUGGGUUACCCGCAGUAUCUCAGCGCCAGCCAGGCGGUAUACGGGAGCGAGCGGCCCGGGGUUCUGGCUGCCGCCGCCGCCGCCGCCGCUGCUGCUGCUGCCUCAGGCCGGCCUGGGGGUGCGGAGCUGGGGAGCGGCUCGGCUGCUGUCACUUCGGUGCUGGGCAUGUACGCGAGUCCCUACAGCGCCCCCAACUACAGCGCCUUCCUGCCCUACACCGCCGACCUCAGCCUCUUCUCCCAGAUGGGCUCCCAGUAUGAACUGAAGGAUAAUCCAGGUGUCCACCCUGCUACCUUUGCUGCCCACACUGCCCCUGGCUAUUACCCCUAUGGACAGUUCCAAUAUGGGGACCCAGGGCGGCCUAAGAAUGCCACCAGGGAGAGCACUAGCACUCUAAAGGCCUGGCUGAAUGAGCACAGGAAGAACCCCUACCCCACCAAGGGCGAGAAGAUCAUGCUGGCCAUCAUCACCAAGAUGACCCUAACCCAGGUCUCCACCUGGUUCGCCAACGCCAGAAGGAGACUCAAGAAGGAGAACAAAGUAACUUGGGGAGCAAGGAGUAAGGACCAAGAAGAUGGUAACCUCUUUGGGAGUGACAACGAGGGAGACCCCGAAAAGAAUGAAGACGACGAAGAAAUCGACCUGGAAAGCAUAGACAUUGAUAAAAUCGAUGAGAAUGAUGGGGAGCAGAGUAAUGAAGAAGAGGAGGAGAAAUCUGAGCUCCUGCGACAAAGCAGCGAAGAUGAACAUUUGGAAAAAGAAAAGGGUUUGUCAUUGUCAGCGUCUGAAGGUCUUAAACCCAAAGACUCUUUCUCCCUGGUAAAGGAGACCUCUGACAACAGUACACGAAUCAUAAACCCCAAUGGACAGAAUAAUUUACAGGUGCCACCUCACAGCAAACCCAAGAUUUGGUCUUUGGCAGAGACAGCAACCAGCCCUGAUGGCGCCCUGAAGUCUUCCCCUCCCCCCUCUUCUCAUUCCCAGGUUAACCACACUUCCACCCAGAUUCAGCACCCGGCUUUCCUCCCUAGCCAUGGACUCUACACAUGCCAGAUUGGCAAAUUUCACAACUGGACAAAUGGGGCUUUCCUCACUCAGAGUUCCCUGUUAAAUGUGAGGUCUUUUUUGGGAGUAAACCACCAUCAUGCUGCUCAUCAUAACCACCAUAUCCAGGCCCAGCAACAGCCUUCUGUGUUAACAGCAACCCUGGGAGCCUUAAGCAGUGAAAAACCUACAGAGAGGACCAGUCCCAAACACAUAGAAAGAGAAAAUGCACCAAGGACUGAAACCCCACCCCAGCAGUUAAAAUCGCCUUUCCAGCCUGUGCGUGACAACUCUUUGGCUCAGCAAGAGGGAACACCGCGAAUUUUAACAGCUCUCCCUUCUGCUUGAUUAAAUGGGUUGGUGAAAAAAAUAUUUCAGAGACUGGUAUAAAGGACAAAAAAAUUGAAACGAUAUAAACGACUCCCAUCAAUCUCUCUUUGCAAUAAGGUGGUGCAAAUCCAUAAAAGCGAUCACACAAAUCUGUAGAUGGAUCCCCCUUCUCCAUUGUACCAUUUCAGAUCGUGUUACUCUAACCAUUCUUGAAUUAUUUGUUUGGUAAAUGUUUCCCAUGUGUUUGUGUUUUUUCUGUAUAUAGAGUGAUUUCAGAUUGUAUAUAGGGCGUCAGCAAAACUUGUCUAAAUCAUAUAUUUUUGUCUAAUAAACUAAAUGAAAUUAUGAAAUCUC